AUGGCAUUCAACAGAAACGUCAUUAAUUCAUUCUGUGAUGCUAUGUUUAAAGCCAUGGAUCAGAAGAAAACAACUGCGGUGGUAUUGUUGGAUAUGAGCAAGGCGUUCGGUAGCGUGGAUCAUUGUAUAUUAUUAAAUAAAUUGCAAGAUAUUGGAGUUUCAUCAUCAUGUCUUGAGUGGUUCAGAAGUUAUUUAUCCCAGAGAUAUCAGGCAGUCAGAAUAAACUCAGUGUUAUCGGAGAAAUUGCCAGUGGUAAGUGGUGUUCCACAGGGUAACAUCCUUGGCCCGCUAUUAUUCAGCAUAUACGUGAAUGAUCUACCUUCCGUUAGUCAAGAUUGCACAUCUGAUUGUCAUGUGGAUGAUACAAACUUCUGA